AUGAGCCUUGGGAUGCCCAACAUGGUACAAAAGAACUCGUGGCAAAACCAGCGGCAAUUUCCAGGAGAGGAUCUCCUCCAUUCAUGUCAGCUUUGCACGAUCCUCUCUGCGCCCCUCACCACAGCCAUCGAUGCCCUGGACAAUGGUGUUGGUGCUGCCUUGGCUUCGACGCGAGAGGUGGUGGCAGAACAGUUGCAGGGAGACAACUUGGCCAAACUGAAAGACAGUAUGCUGUCCGGCACGGAGCCCCUGGUGGAGCUCAAGACCUUGAUCCAUUCGGCUUUCGGGCCUUUCGUAGAGCAGGACGGCAGCCAGGGUCUGGACUUGUGGAUUUUCAAGACAUUGGGCACCAGAGAUACCAUGGCACAGGUCUCGGAUCUGUUGGGCAGCGUUGGGACCUUGGCCAGUGUGGCUUUGAUCGGCAUUGCCCUGGUCCUCGCCCUUUGCAGCUCCUUGGUGGAGAUGAGACCAGAAAAGUGGAGCCUCUCUACCUGGGUUUUGGUAGCUUGA